AAACACGAAUUCAUUAACCGACGGCACCGCCCACGAUUUGCAAGGGCCUGACUGUGGCAUUGCAUCACCAUCCAAAAACGCGCAAAACCAUCACCCUGGCGGCCCGACACAUCAUUUCAAGGAAAACAGGUCCGACAAGCCGGAAACAAUAACCCUGGCCUCAGACAACAAUCAUAAAAACAUCAUCCGCCCGGGAUUACUGUUGACCACAGUAUAUCACCGUCGCGCCGCCUCCCCUCAGCAAAUUGUCGCUACAGACACAGACAAGAUGUAUUUCUCGUCGCCCACCUCCAACAUCACUCCAGCCAUGACAUCGGUGGCUAUGUCGCGUUCCGACUCUCGCGACUCGACCGCCUCCAACACCAGUCACAUUUACACAAUCUACGCGCCCAAUUCCGCGUACUCUGCGCUCCUGAGCGCGUCGCCAACCUCGUCGUGGCCGAUAUCCCAUACGCUUACACGCUCAGACAGCGACGUGUCUACUGGCACACUGUCUCAGUCAUUGUCGUUCUCACAGGCUGGCUCCGUCGCCAUGCGCCGCGACAGCAGCAACUCCUCAUGGCUUCCCAGCCCAUACAGGUCGUGCAUGUCGACCUUCGGGUCCGAACCUAGUUCCUACCUGUCAGAUGAUGACCUGCUCUGCACACCAGAGAGUCUACCUCCCGUCGAGGCGAUCCCCGCUCUCUCUUCACCCAAAAAGGAACUCACCACCGAAGAACAAAUUGCUUUUCUGCGCGAGUUGCAAGAGAAAGAGGCCGCGCAUCGCCAUCACCAGCAUCGCCACGCACACAGCCACAAUCACCAGCAAUCCGAGCCAAAGCGCAAAGUCGUACGCUUUGCUGGCUCUGCUGCUGCUGCUAGUCAGGACGAGAACGCCCGGCGCCCCAGUGCACCCAAGCGACGUCAGCCCUCGGUCCGACGUGGUCUGGGUUCCUUGAACGGUCCUCAAUGAUGAGACGAAGAGAGUUGAUGGCUGGUUCCUCAACGACACGACACGACAUUGUAUACUAUCUGUCUGCUUAGCGAGGAGCGACUUUUUCUCACGAGCGAAACGAUUUGCGCGCCAACCCAUAUGUUGUCUUUUGGGCAUAUCUACGGAUACCGGGUUUGGGCUUUUCAUACGAUACCCCCCAUCAUCAGCCUUUUUACAUGGCGAUGUAUUUUGACAUGGAUCAUGAUUCUCAUGGAUACGAGAAGUGGUUGACUUGUUUGCCCUUCAUACGCAUGUGGCAGCAGUACCACUGGAGAGUUACUGGAAUACCCUCGUACGAGUAUGGUAUCAUAGCUAGCAUAUAGUGCUACAGCAUCUGCUACAAAUAGUAGCAUUAAUCAAUCAAGUAAUCUACCCAUAAACCACUUUCACCGUUA